AUGGACUUUGCACCAUACCAGUCCUCUCCUCCGGAACACUCGCGGCCCUUCUCACCCGCACAAUCUCCGAGUCCGAGGAUAUCCUACGACCGCCAGCGCCCCGGCAACGUCGCGUCUCCGCCGCCGUUACAACACCCGCAGCCACAGCGCCAGUGGACCUCUACUCUGCCGGGCGGGUAUGCGCCGGUUGGGGGUGGCAGCAAUGCAGGAGGUGGUUACGGAAACGAGGCUGGAUACGGAGUCGAUGCCUUCGACACGAGCUUGGGCGUUAGGCUCGACUAUGAGGCCGCUGCCAGCUAUCUAGCACUCCCGCCCUUGGGUGCCAUUGUGAUGCUGAUUCUGGAGAGGAAGAGUGAUUAUGUGAGAUUCCAUGCUUGGCAGUCAAGCUUGCUAUUUACCGCCAUCUUUGUUCUCCAUCUGCUCUUCUCUUGGUCAACAUUCCUCGGCUGGAUUAUAUUUCUCGGCGAUCUCGCCCUCAUGGCGUUCAUGGCAUUGAAAGCGUAUCGGGACGCAGACACCCUGGAUAGAUUCGAGCUCCCGAUUUUUGGUCAGCUAGCAAGCAAGUUUGUGGAUGACGAGUAA